GGAUGGAAACACAAGUGUAGGCUAAUAGUUCAUUGAGUCAAUUCUUAUCUCUCCAAGCUUCUUAUUUUUGGUCCAAAAGAUAGAGCGCCAAGUUGUGCAUAGCAAUGGCUUCCACUCCUAACCCAUCACAUUCUAUUCAAACCAUUAAUGCUUCAAGAACCAACUUCCCUUCUCUACCAAUGAAUAAACCAAUUCACAAGAAGUUACAUAUUUCCUUGAAUAAAUCUUCUCUUAGAGUAGAGUCUUGUAGCACUGCAAAGUAUAAUGACGUUGAAGAAAUGGAUAAGAUUAAAAGGCUACAAAACGGAUCCGACGUUCGUGGGGUUGCUUUGCAAGGUGAAAAAGGUCGAAGUGUGGAUCUUACACCGCCUGCUGUUGAGGCAAUAGCAGAAAGUUUUGGUGAAUGGGUGAUUAAUGGAUUGGAGAAGGAGAAAGGUGUUAGGGUUUCUCUCGGAAAAGACCCUCGAAUUUCGGGUAAUAUGUUGAGUGUGGCUGUAUUUGCAGGGCUUUCUAGGGCUGGGUGCAUGGUGUUUGACAUGGGACUUGCAACAACACCAGCUUGCUUCAUGAGCACUAUUCUUCCUCCAUUUCAAUAUGAUGCCUCAAUAAUGAUGACUGCAUCCCACUUACCCUACACUCGAAACGGUCUUAAAUUCUUCACGAAAAAGGGAGGUUUAACGUCACCAGAAGUGGAGGAAAUAUGCGACAAAGCAGCUCGAAAAUACGCAAACAGGCUUGCUAAAGUAUCAACGAGACUGCCAAUAACGCCGACAAUGGUGGAUUUUAUGAGCGCUUACGCGAAGCAUCUACGAGAAAUUAUAAAGGAAAGAGUGAACCAUCCUUCCCAUUAUGACACUCCUCUCAAAGGAUUUCAGAUUAUUGUUAAUGCGGGAAAUGGAUCAGGAGGGUUCUUUACCUGGGAUGUGUUAGACAAGCUUGGUGCAGACACAUUUGGCUCUCUCCACCUAAAUCCAGAUGGAAUGUUCCCUAAUCACAUUCCUAACCCGGAGGACAAGACAGCCAUGGCUUUAACCAGAGCCGGGGUGCUAAAAAACAAGGCUGAUCUCGGCAUUGUUUUCGACACAGACGUCGACCGGAGCGGCGUUGUGGACAGUGAAGGAAAUCCCAUUAAUGGUGACCGGCUCAUUGCACUUAUGUCAGCAAUUGUUCUCAAGGAACACCCUAGUACAACCAUUGUAACUGAUGCUCGCACGAGUAUGGCCUUAACUAAAUUUAUUACGAAUAAAGGAGGUCAACAUUGCUUGUAUAGAGUUGGUUAUAGGAAUGUGAUUGACAAGGGUGUCAAUCUUAACAAGGAUGGCAUUGAAACACAUCUCAUGAUGGAAACGAGUGGCCAUGGUGCUUUGAAAGAAAAUCACUUUCUUGAUGAUGGUGCAUACAUGGUAGUGAAAAUUAUAAUUGAAAUGGUAAGAAUGAAGCUUGAGGGAUCAGAAGGCGACAUUGGAAGUCUUAUAGAGGAUCUUGAAGAGCCAUUGGAGUCGGCAGAAGUCAGAAUGAUUGUUCUUUCUGAGCCUAGAAAUGCUAAAGCAAAAGCAGUUGAAGCCAUCGAAGCAUUCAGAACCCAUAUUGAGCAAGGAAGCUUACCAGGAUGGGAACUUGACGCCUGUGGAGACUGCUGGGUAAGUGAUGGUUGUCUUGUGGACACUAAUGAUGAUCCUGCUGCAAUUGAUGCUUUUAUGUACAGGGCCAAAGUUUCAGAUGAACAAAAUGGGGAACAUGGAUGGGUUCACCUUCGACAAAGUAUCCACAAUCCAAAUAUUGCUGUUAAUCUACAAUCCACCAUUCCUGGUGGAUGCCAAUCCAUGGCAAAAGUUCUAAUAGAUCGCGGUAUACGGGUGAAACCGGGGCUAACAUACACCCCGAUUUCUCGGUGGGUCAAACGAAGCAAGGAUAUGAAUACAUGGGAUCGAAAUCGAAGCCGGGAACGUCUUGUACCAAAGCCCGAACGGAGUGCUCGCCAGUGGACUUGAUAAAACAACGCGCCCCGGACCUGAAAUGAGUUCUGAGACUUCCGGAAGCGCAUGAACGGUUGCAAGCGAGAGACAGAGGGCCGUGAUAUCCGGAACCAACCGGAUAUCAUGGCGCGGAUCUCGCUCGAUGGCGGUUACAGAUAAGUAAUUAACGUGAAAGGAGGAUUUUUAUCUUUUUAGACUUAUACUAGGGGUGAAACUCUCCUACUAUAUAAAUGAGAAGUUUUUGUUUGAUAACAAAUAUUGUAACACGCAUAUCAAGACAAUACAAACUUAUUUCUCUGC